GUGCUGCCAUCACCUCCGGUUCAGACCCUGCUGAACUGCAAGCUGUGUUGGAGGAGAGGAGUAUUCCGGCGCGUCUGCGUCUGUCGCUUGACUUGGUCAAAAAAGAGCACGAAAUGGGCCGUCUGCAGAUGCAAAUCGGCAAGGAGGUGGAAGAGAAGGUGAAGACACAGCACCGCAAGUACAUGCUGUCGGAGCAGCUGAAGGUCAUCAAACGCGAGCUCGGCAUGGAGAAGGACGACAAGGACGCCAUCGCGGAGAAGUUUCGAGCUCGACUGGCGAAUCUCACCGUGCCAAAAGCCGUCACCGAGGUUAUCGACGAGGAAUUGAGUAAACUCUCUGUCUUGGAUCACCACUCGUCGGAAUUCAACGUGACUCGUAACUACCUCGACUGGUUGACCAAUUUGCCCUGGGGUCUCACGAGCGAGGAAAACCUCGAUCUGGCGCGUGCUCGCGUUGUUCUGGACGAGGAUCACUACGGACUGGACGACGUGAAGAGGCGCAUCCUCGUACGUGUCUCCCAACCCCAUCUUUUCUGUCUCCCGUGGUUGUUGGAGUUCAUCGCAGUGAGCCAGUUGAAGGGCACCACGCAGGGCAAGAUCAUCUGUUUCCACGGUCCCCCGGGCACCGGCAAAACGAGUAUCGCGCGAUCAAUAGCCCGGGCACUGAAUCGCCAGGUAUGUGUGCGAGCUCCCUCGGCUUGUGAUUGGUCCACGCGAUCCACCAAUCCCGUCACUCCAUCCACUGUGUACUUCCGUUUCUCCGUGGGUGGAAUGUCCGACGUCUCGGAGAUCAAGGGCCAUCGGCGGACGUAUGUGGGUGCGAUGCCGGGCAAGGUUAUCCAGUGCUUGAAGAAGACUCGUACCGAGAACCCCCUCAUUCUCAUCGACGAGGUAGGUCGCGUUCCCCGCGUGGAGCGUUCCAGUGUCUCGUUGGCUGGUAGCUUGUGGACGUCCAGUGUACCUAACUGUGCUCUCCCCCCCACCCCAAUUCAGAUCGAUAAGCUGGGCCGUGGGUGGCAGGGCGACCCCGCUUCGGCGCUACUGGAGCUCCUUGAUCCCGAGCAGAACGCCAACUUCCUCGACCACUACCUGGACGUGACGGUGGACCUCAGCAAGGUGCUCUUCAUCUGCACCGCCAACCAACUCGACACCAUUCCGGAGCCGCUGCGCGAUCGCAUGGAGAUGAUUGAGGUGUCUGGCUACGUGGCGGAGGAGAAGAUGGCCAUCGCUCAGCGCUACCUGCUGCCACAAGCCGCGUCUGAGUCGGGUCUGACCUUGGAACACGUGACGAUCACAGAUGGCGCGCUUCGGCGACUAAUUCGUCAGUAUUGUCGUGAAUCUGGCGUUCGAAAUCUGCAGAAGCACAUCGAGAAAAUUCUUCGUAAGGCUGCCUACAAGCUGGUGAAUGCUGAGGCCGAGGCGCCGCUUCACGUUGACGAGAACAACGUGGUGGCCUAUGUGGGCCAGCCCGUGUGGACCACAGACCGCCUCUACCCCUCAGACACCCCGCCGGGCGUUGUCAUGGGUCUCGCGUGGACGGCUAUGGGCGGCUCAGUUCUCUUCGUUGAAUGCAUCAACAAGGAGCCCUUCGCUAGUGAAUCCAAAUCAAAGAGCAGUAAAAAGGCUUCACCCGGUAGUCUUCGGUUAACCGGGCACCUGGGUGAUGUGAUGAAGGAGUCGGUGGCGAUCGCACACACCUUCGCCGGCGUCUACGCUCUCAACGGCGCGCCCAACCCCGACGGCGUCGAACAACUGACGGAGAAAGAGGCGGCCAGCGCAGGUGACUUCCUUCGACAUGCCAAAUUACACCUCCACGUCCCCCAAGGCGCUACACCAAAGGACGGUCCAUCUGCUGGCGUUACCAUGGUGACGGCGUUGCUGAGUCUAGCCUGUAAGAAACCAACUCGUCCUGACCUUGCCAUGACCGGGGAGAUCAGUCUAACGGGGAAGGUGCUUCCAGUGGGUGGAAUCAAGGAGAAAGUUAUCGCUGCUAAGCGCGCCGGGGUCAAGACGGUCAUUUUGCCGGAAAUGAACAGGAAGGAUUUUGACGACUUGGCCGACUUCAUCAAGUCCGACAUCGAGGUGCACUUUGUGAGCCACUACUCGGAGGUGUUCCCUAUCGUGUUUCCUGCUGAUUGA